AAAGAGUUCUUCCAGUUUCAGAAGACCAAAGGAAUUUGAUCUGAAGACUGAAGCUGCUAAACCUCCUCUUCUUCUCCAUGUGCAAUGACGAUGGACCUUGUCGAGACUGUUCACCGAAGCAGUUUCGGAUGAUCUUCUUCGAGGGACCAACAGAUGAAGCUCUAAAGAAAAAAAUAGAUGCCCAGAAUUGUCAGAAGUUUUCCUAUAAAACCUUAUGUCAAGCUACCAAUAGAUUUGCCUCUCGAAAUAAGCUCGGUCAAGGAGGCUAUGGACUUGUGUACAAGGGGGAGUUGGAUGAUGGGAAAGAGAUUGCAGUGAAGGUGCCAUUAAAUUUGUCAACACAGCAUGAGGAACAAUUGAUAAAGGAGAUAGAGUUGCUGAGUAGCGUGAAACACCCUAAUGUGGUAAAAUUGUUUGGUUAUUGCACUAACAAGAAAAAAAUCUUACUUGUUUACGAGUACGUUCCAAACAAGAGUCUCAACAUGCUUUUAUUUGGUCCCAAUAGGAGAGACCAGGAGCUUGAUUGGAGUCGAACCUACAACAUAAUCGUAGGCAUCGCAAGGGGUUUGAGCUAUCUUCACAUUAACCCCCAAAAUUGCAUCAUCCAUCGUGACAUAAAGCCUGAAAAUAUCUUGCUUGAUCAUAAAUGGGUGCCCAAGAUUUCUGACUUUGGCCUUAGCCGCCUAUUUGAGGAAGACCAAACCUCUGUCUAUACUGAUACAAUAGCUGGCACUCGGGGAUAUGUGGCUCCAGAACAUCUGAUAUCAGUAAAAACAGAUGUUUAUAGUUUUGGAGUUCUGGUGCUGGAACUGAUAAGUGGGAAAAGAUCAUCAUCAUUUAUGCCACCAGAGGGCAGUGCUAUUUGUUUGCUUGAUUGGGCAUACAAGCUUUAUGAGGAAAAUAGGAUCUUAGAAAUUAUGGACCCUGCUUUAGCAAAUUCCGCAGUGACGGAGCAAGUGAUAAAGUGCAUUAAAAUGGGUUUACGAUGCGUUCAAGGUGACCCAGAUUUACGUCCAGAUAUGGAGCGUUGUCUGUCCAAGUUAACAUGUUGUGAUCAAGACCACAAUGAAGCCUCAAUUUGCGAACCAGGAACACUUGGUUAUGGACGCCAUCAAUCAGUCUCCCUCUCUACAUUUGAAGGAGCAGAACAUGAGGCGAGUAAUAAUCUUGAGGAUAUUUCUGGGGAUGAGUAUGAAGGUGAGGAUAGUUGAUCAAAUUCUAGUCAAAGCAAGUUAGAAGGUUCACAUAUACUGUAAGUGAAAGUUGAGACAGUACAUUCCCUGUCCAAAAUGAGUGGCAAGCCUGAACUCGAUCCUCAUCUACCUGCAUGCAACAUGGCAACAGAUCUCCCAAUAUUUCCCGAAGUUCUGCAGACAUGUCAUCACGCUCCUUUUUGUUUUUUUUUUUUUAAAUGCAAGGCAAAUUUCAUUAAGGUCUGUUUAUUAAUUGAAGUUGUUGAAUCUAGUGCUUUCUACUCUUUCAGUUUGAAACAUUUUCGUAUGUUAUGAUGAAACUUUGAAACAUUUUCGUAUGUUAUGAUGAAACUAGAGGAGUGUCAUUUGAAGUUAAAGGUGUUAUUAAUCUUCCGAGACAUCCUAUGUAAUUUAUUCUUCAUUAUGAACGUGUUGUCAGGCUCUAUCUUUUCU